CGCGGCUCGAAGGGUCGACAGACCCCCAUGGAAGAGAUGGAAGAGGAGCUCAAGUGUCCGGUAUGCGGCUCCUUCUACCGGGAACCUCUAAUCCUACCCUGUUCACAUAACUUGUGCCAGGCAUGUGCCCGGAACAUCCUGGUGCAGACGCCAGAGACGGAGUCGCCUCAGAGCCGACGUGCCUCGGGGUCAGCUGGCUCCUCAUCCGACUAUGACUACCUGGACCUGGACAAGAUGAGCCUGUACAGUGAGGCAGACAGCGGCUAUGGCUCGUAUGGGGGCUUUGCCAGUGCACCCACUACACCAUGUCAGAAGUCACCCAAUGGUGUGCGUGUCUUCCCUCCAACUGUCCCGCCAGCUGCACAUCUCCCACCGGCUUCAGCCACUGCCUCACUGGCACCAGUGCCACGCAAUUCCUGCCUCACCUGCCCGCAGUGCCAUCGCAGCCUGAUUCUGGAUGAGCGGGGCCUUCGUGGUUUCCCCAAGAAUCGUGUCUUGGAAGGUGUCAUUGACCGUUACCAGCAAAGCAAAGCAGCUGCUCUGCGCUGUCAACUGUGUGAAAAGAUACCCAAGGAGGCCACAGUCAUGUGUGAACAGUGCGACGUCUUCUAUUGUGACCCAUGCCGGCUGCGCUGCCAUCCACCACGGGGGCCCCUGGCUAAGCACCGUUUGGUGCCUCCAGCUCAGGGCCGGGUCAGCCGGAGGCUCAGUCCACGCAAGAUCUCCACUUGCACUGACCAUGAGCUAGAGAAUCACAGCAUGUACUGCGUGCAGUGCAAGAUGCCUGUCUGUUACCAGUGUCUGGAGGAAGGCAAGCAUUCCAGUCAUGAGGUGAAGGCGCUGGGCGCCAUGUGGAAACUACAUAAG